AAGUCAGGGAUUAUUAUUUAUGGAAUAUGGAAAUCAAAAUGUCGGCAAAGAAAAGUGUCGUGUGCUGGUUUUUGUUAUCGGUUGGAAUCACUAUUGUAACAAGUACAAAAGUGAAAGUAGCGGUCUAUGAACAUGUUGUCAUAUCACCUGACGACCCUGAAGCUUUUUUCACGAGACAGGAAGCUUUCCAGUGGAUGUCAAAAAAUUUAAAUGUCUUUGAUGAGCAAGCCCGAAAAGCGUCUGAACAGGGGGCAAAGAUUAUUGUUUUCCCGGAGUAUUGUAUAACAGGGUUUGAUCAUUCACGUAAUUCGAUUGUUCCUUUCUUAGAAGACAUUCCGGAUUCUAGUACAGACUGGAAUCCGUGCAUGGAGCCAGAUCGUUUCGCUGAUACACUUGUAUUAAGAAAUCUAAGUUGUAUAGCUCAAAUGUACACAAUCUAUUUUAGUAGCAAACAUGGGUGGACAUUAAAAUGUGUGACAAAAAUGACUGAUAAAACAUGUCCGCACGACGGCCGAUAUCAGUUCAAUACAAAAUGUGAUUUUUGA